UCGCAGGACCAGUCGCAGGAGCGCGUCGGCCUAGUGUGUUCGCGUCAUCACUGUUCCAUCUUUCUUCGGCGUCUGAAACUUCCAUAAUGUUAGUUUGAGUGAAGUGCCCUAUGUAUUACUUUAUUUGAUGUGGAUAAUGAAAGACAUUAUUUUGUCUAAUUCUAGGACCAACUUGUGUUGCUUUUUAUAAGACGAUUUACUUAAAAAUCUUGCAAAAUUUCGUCUCUGUGCUUAGAAUAUGGAUAAAUAUUAGUGACGUACGACACCUGCAAUCUAACGCGCACAUCAGGGGAUUAAACCAUACUUUUAGCUCCACCAACGGUAAAAAGCUGCCUGUGGAAAAAUGGGAUGCUUCGGCAGCAAAGACAAGCUUUCCAAGGAGGAUAUGGAUUUUUUGAAAUCACAUACUCGUUAUGACGAAAGUACAAUAAAAGAAUGGUAUAAAGGUUUUAAGCAAGACUGCCCAAAUGGUCGACUGACUCCUGCUAAAUUUGUAGACAUGUAUAAGAUGUUCUUCCCGUCUGGAAAUGCCGAAGAAUUUUGUGAUCACGUAUUUAGGACUUUCGACAUGGAUAAAAAUGGUUACAUUGACUUUAAGGAAUUCCUGCUAGCGAUCGAUGUAACGUCAAGCGGUACUCCGGAAGAAAAACUGAAGUGGGCUUUUCGAAUGUACGACGUUGACGGUAAUGGUGUUAUAGACAUUCAGGAAAUGACCAAGAUUGUGCAGGCCAUAUAUGAUAUGUUAGGAGCUUGUUCGUCUAAUCGACCUGCAGAUUCUGCUGAAGAAAGGGCAAAGAACAUAUUUGCCAAAAUGGAUGAAAACAACGAUGGGCAAUUGACACAAGAAGAAUUUCUUAAAGGAUGUUUACAAGAUGAAGAACUGUCGAAAAUGUUAGCUCCUUAAUGUGCAGUACAUUAGUGCGGAAACGUGUCUUAUGCUGAAGUAGCCAUAUACGUUUUUGCAGCAAAAAACUUUUGAGUGACCAACUCAACCAAAUCACGGGUACAUUAUCAUAUAUUUUCAAAUCGGAAUCAUUCGGCAUUUUGUAGUUGUGCAUGAGUUUAUAACAUCGAUCACAAUUUAGUGUUUAUUUAUACAUACAUUUUUUAUUUUCGUACACCAUGCAUUUAACUAGUCAUAUUAUAUAAAGUAUGAAAUUAUUACGGAUUAAAAAUAAAAAGAUAAACACUGAUUGACUGUGUUUUAAUAGAAGUAAGAUUUAAUAAACGAGAAAUGUAAAUUUCAAAUACUAAAUAGACCAAGUAAACGUAAUGCCGUUACAGGGUGUAGAAAUUUUGAACGAACGUAAACUUUUGAUACAAGGUUUUAUUAUUACAAUUGUGUGAUGAAAAUGUUUCUAUGUCCUUCUCAGUGAACUCAUUGGUGGCUGAUCUUAUUAAGUAAUGGCUUUUCAUAAUCAGAACAUUUUUUUAAAUACAUCAUAGAAAUUAAAAGUAGACUUUGUAGUCCGUACACCCUGUUUAAAAGACCAAGUAUAUUAAAAUUAUUAGUAUAUUAAAAUUAUAAGUAACUCACAAAUGUUAAAGUCAAUUAAUUACUCGUAAAAGAUGUAGAAUACGUUUAUUUAGCUAAAAACAAAGUAGACAAAUAGUUCUGUAGCGAUCGAAGUUUGUCCUCAGUUGGGUAGUGGUUCGUGUUUCUCACGAGAACAAUUUCAUUGAUUUUGUUGAAACUGCCAUAUAUUUUCGUACAUAAGCCAUAAACUAGUUCGCGUGAUUUUAAUCCGUAAUAAAAACAUACCGCUAUUGUUAAUGCUAAAAAUCUGAUGUAAUCAAAAUUGAAUUUUUAUUUAAAACGAUUCGUUUAUUUGGGUUUAUUCCUCAGCAUUUUGAACAAUUAUUUUUUAUUUGUUCAUAAGGAUUUAAUUUAGCUAAUUAAAUACAUAUAGAAAUAUAUUUAGUAUACAUAGAUCUUAGGCAAAUCGCGUGCACAAUCCGCACGUCGUGCAUAGCACGACAAUGUUGUAUGAGUUCAGGUCAGUUCAUAAUGCUCGUUUAACGUAGAUGUUUACAAUAUGAAUGUAUUUACCAUUUUAAGCAUAUCAUGAAUGUACUGUCCUUGUAUAGCUGACCCAUCCGAAUUUACGGCGUUUGACAAUUUUUGCUCUUUGAACGGCGAUAAAGGUAAAGAAGGUUCAGAAACGACAUAUCGUUUAAAUUAGGUAUGAGUAGAUCGAGCUUUUCAGCACCUACUUCUUGGGCUUUUAAUAAAAUACGGAGAAACGUUUGGUUUUGUUUCUUCUGCUUAAUCAAAUGCUAGUCAGAAACUACUUGUCAAUCUUUCCUUUGUUUACGACGUGUUUGUACGUAAUACAUACGUAGAUCGGAAAUUCAGUAUGGGUCCUACGAAUAAGUGUGACCUGUUACCUUCCGUUUGCACUGUAAUAAAUAAAUCAAAAUGUUUUACUCCGUUUUUUAUAAAACACCUGACAUUCUGAGUGGAUUUUAUUCCUUUGCGAACUGCGAUCAAUGCAAAUCAAAUUUGUUUACGAGAUGUUUUUGAGUGGUUUUUGAGUUGUGACAUUCAUCAGAUACAUAGGUACAAUCAAAAUUAUUGAAAUGGGUAUUUCGGAUUUCUCAAUUUAAAAAAAAAAAAACAAGUCGUUUACACAGUAUUCACGAAUGUUUUUCUCAGUACGGUUUCAUUACCUUAAGUUAGUAGAUAAUAAUAUAUAGGUGUCUUGUACUUUACUUUUAUUGUUAUGUGGUUUGUGCAGUUGCAUAUGACGGAUAUGAAUAAAACAAAAAACUCAUUGGGUUUCUGGUACUUUUUAAUGGACAGUGUAAAAAUGACUGGCAAGGGUUUUUAUUGUAAUCAUUUUUAGAUAUACGUAUAUAUGCAUAUUCCUCACAAUGAUGUAUGAAAAUUCUCAUACAAUACUUUUUCUACUGUCUACAAUGGUUAUUCUCUUGAAACAUCAUUUAUGUAUGUAUGGUUAAUGCAAAAAUUGGACUAUUAUGAAUAUUUAACUUAUUGCUUUCGCUUUUACUGUAAUUUAUUUGUAUGUAAUUUAAAACGCUAAUAGUCAGACAUACAUCAUUCGAUAAUUCUUCCUCUUAAAAGAUUCAAAUAAUUCUAGUAAUAAUCCAUUCGCAGUUCACAAUGGAAAAUUUCACCUUGUUUAACAAUAGGUAUAUAUUAAAGCACAAUUUCUGGUAAUCAUUUACAUGAAUAUAUUAGUUAAUCUUAUUUUAAUUAUGUGAACUUAUUCAUUCUGCAACUGCGGCAUCAUAUUGUUCAUUGCACUUAAAUAAACCAAAUUAAGCAACGAAGAGUUUGAUACCGACAGCCGCUAGCAUGUUUUAAUAUUUUUUGUAUUUGUUUUAUUUUAAUAAUAUACCAUCAUAACAUAAGUAACAGAUGUGAUACAUCAUUUAGUGCAUAUUUGUGAAAGUGUUGGUUAUUUAUCAAUUAAUUAAUAUUUUUCUACUUGCACAUAUUGUAAAUUAAGCGUAAUACAUUAUUCUAGAUGUCAUUAAAAUUGUAACGUCUGCAGGAGGUUUUUCGAAAACCUCUUGGAUUCGAAUUGUGGGGUAAUGAUAACGAAGCCAGGAGCAGCUCUCUUUAAAUUGAAUUAUUUCAUAUAAUACAUAUUGAUGGCAGAUAUUCUUUGAAUUUUUAUCACAAAAUAUUAUGACAAUUAAAUAAUAAUAUACGUAUUAUUUGGCGAA